UUGUCCCCUCACUUUCGAAACUCAACCCCAAAACCAUCAUCUACAGACCGCUAAAGCUCAGGUGCUCAAUCACAGAGCAGUCCACUACCAUUUCUUCUUCUAAGCUCGGCGGCGAAACCCGAUUCAAUGACGGACAUCCCGGGCGGACUGCGUGAUUAUAGGAAUCGGCUCGUCACCAACCACCGCCAUGUUUUUCCCAACUACAUCGUCACCGAGGCCAGAGAUCGCGCAGGUGGCAACAUCACAACCAUCGAAAGGGACGGCUAUCUAUGGGAAGAGGGUCAUAAUAGUUUCCAGCCCUCCGAUCCUAUGCUCACCAUGGUGGUGUUUAUGCAGGCGAUCCUUCAAAACUAAGCAUGAAAGCAGCAUUUGGAAAAGUUUGGAAGAUGAAGCAAAAUGGUGGAAGUAUCAUUGGUGGCACUUUCAAGGGCAAUUUAUCAAGAGGGAGUAAAUGAAAAAAUAAAUUACCAAAGGGGGGUAACAUAAAAAUUAUUUAUCGAAAGGGGGUGGGA